CCCGUAUUUCCACUUGAUAGAAUAAAACACCGGAGAAAGUCUUUUCUCAUUUAGUAGUACAAUUCCUAUCUGAUCUUCCGUUGGAACUUUGAUUUCCCUAGCAAAAAAAUGAAAAUUGGUGAAAACGGCUAUGACAGGACAAGUGAAUUAAUAGCUUUUGAUAACACAAAAGCUGGUGUUAAAGGACUAGUUGAUGCAGGAGUUACAAAAGUCCCAAGAAUUUUCUAUACACCAGAAGAUGCAUAUUUUGUGGCAUCCAAUGAUCCUGAGAAAUCCCAAUUCAACAUUCCUGUUAUAGACUUAGAUGACAUCAGUAAAGAUCCAAUUAAACGUAGCGCGAUAGUUGAAAAAAUCCGCGAUGCAUCUCAAGUGUGGGGUUUCUUUCAAGUGGUUAAUCAUGGAAUCCCAAAAAGUGUUUUAGAAGAAAUGUUGAAUGGUGUUAGGAGGUUUUAUGAGCAAGAUACUGAAGUGAAGAAACGAUGGUAUACUCGUGACAACUCGAAAAGAGUGGUGCAUAAUAGUAAUUUUGAUCUGUUUGGAGCUGCAUCAGCUAAUUGGAGGGACACUACUAAUUGCAGCAUGGCUCCAAACCCUCCUACUGCUGAUGAAUUGCCAGAGGCUUGCAGGGACAUUCUGAUUGAGUACUCGGAGCAAGUAAAGAAGUUGGGUCGUUCUUUAUUUGAAUUACUCUCUGAGGCGCUUGGCCUCAAGCCGAGCUAUAUGAAUGACAUUGGCUGUUCAGAAGGGCUUGCUGUUUUGUACCAUUAUUACCCGGCUUGCCCCGAGCCAGAACUAACUCUUGGAACUAGCAAGCAUGAAGACAGUGACUUCCUCACAUUACUGCUACAGGAUCACAUUGGAGGCCUUCAGGUUCUUCAUGACAAUUACUGGGUUGAUGUUCCUCCUGUUUCUGGUGCUCUAGUAGUAAAUAUUGGUGAUCUUUUACAGCUCAUAUCAAAUGACAAGUUCACGAGCGUUGCACACAGAGUUCUGGCAAGUCGUGUUGGUCCAAGAGUAUCAGUGGCCUGUUUUUUCACCACCGGUCACUCAUUAUCAUCGAGAGUUUAUGGACCAAUUAAGGAGUUGUUAUCAGAAGAUAAUCCUGCGAGGUAUAGGGAAACUACUGUGAAGGACUACACAGUUCACUAUUAUGCAACAGGGAUUGGAGGCAAAUCUGCCUUGUCAGAUUUUAGGAUCUGAACAAGGCAGAAACCAUUUGUUAGUCUGUAACUGUCAGAUCCUACAAUCAGUUAAAUGUAACACUUCUGCUGGACUUAGCUAUAGAAAUGGAUCUGCAAUGACUUUGAUUUUUA